UACUUGUAUUUCACCUAUAGGCUACAGCAGAUAAGCAAUGUCUGCUCCAGCUGAUGAGACUGCAGGAGACCUGCCUGUGAGAGAUGUGGGUCUAAGUCUAGCUGGAGUUGGAGGAUUGCAAGAACCAUCAGCUACACAGAAUGUGAGAGCUCGACAAGCUGUAUCACGGGUUAGUCGUGAGGAGUUGGAAGACAGAUUCCUUCGUUUGCGUGAUGAGAACAUCGUGCUCAAACAGCAUGCAAAUAAGCAAGAGGAUAAAAUUAAAAGAAUGGCCACUAAGUUAAUACGACUUGUUAAUGACAAAAAGAGAUCUGAGCAGGUUGGUGGCGGCCCCAAGCGGCUGGGUCAGGCUGUGGAGCUGGAAGAAAUGAUUGAGCAUUUGCAAGAGAAAGUUCGGGAGCUUGAGAAACAAAACGAGGGCCUCCACAACAAACUCAUUGCAACCAAACAGCAGCUGCAGAUUCAAGGCCACAGGCCUAACCCAUACAGCUACGUUCAAUCCCGCAUCAACACGGGUCUCAGAAAAGUGAAUGAUGUUGUUGGUGUGCAGGAGCAUGCAAAAAAAGGAAUGAGAGUUCAGGAUUUAGAAGCGAGAUCGCCUCACCUUAUGCUCCCAAGAUAUGGACAGAGUCUUCUUGAGGAUGCAAGGGCUGAAAUAGCAAAUCUAGAGUCUGUGAUUGAGUCACAAAGGGAACACAUUGAGGAGUUAGAACAUGCCAGAGAGAUGCUUGGGAAUCAGCUAAGGAGGAAAGAAAAGGAAAUUGAAGGAUCUCUCUUACAGUUGAAGGAGCAAGAAACAAGCCAGAGGUUAAACAUCCGGGACAAUGUGGAAAUGAUCAAGAUCCAUAAGCAGCUGGUUGAGAAAAGCAAUGCUCUUUCAGCAAUGGAAGGAAAAUUUCUCCAGCUUCAAGAGAACCAAAGGAAUCUGAAGAGCAACCAUGAUGCUUUAAUGACAAAAGGUGAUGAACUCAAUCUGCAGCUUAAAGAGGAACGUUUAAAGUGCUUCCGUCUUGAAAAAGAAUUGCAAUCAGUGAAUAUUUCCAAGCGAAGGACAGAGGAGCUACAGGAUAGAAUAAAUGAUCUGGAGAAGGAGAAGGAACUCUUAAAAGAAAACUAUGAUAAGCUGUAUAGCAGUGUCUUCAGUGUGACCCAUGAACAGCAAUGGAAAUUAAAGGAACAGCAACUGAAACUGCAGAUUGCUAAACUCGAGACUGCUCUCAAAUCUGAUUUAGCAGACAAAAAUGAAAUCCUUGACAAGAUGAAAGCAGAAAGAGACCAAAAUGAAAAGCUGACCCAAGAGAACAAAGACCUGCACUUACACUGUCUGGAACAUAAGCAACAGCUAGAAGAACUGAGGAAUCACGUGAAGUUCCUCACCAAGGAAAGUGAUAUUGAAGUGGCAGAACUCCGAGAAGCUCUCUUGCUCAUAAAGGUUCAAAAGCAGCAGAAGAAUGGAGACCUUAGGAUUUUUGCAAAAGCAGAAGAUGGCAUCCAUAAAGAUUUGGAACAGUCCUUGCGGAAUCUGCAGUUAACACAUGCAGAAACAGUGCAAGAACUUGAAAAGACAAGAAAUAUGUUAAUAGUACAGCAUAAAAUUAACAAGGAUUAUCAGACUGAAGUUGAAGUAGUGACGCAAAAGAUGGAAAGUCUACAGAAAGAUUAUGAGGUAAAACUGGAACAAUAUGUCCACCUUCUUGACAUUAGGGCUGCUCGCAUCAGAAAAUUAGAAGCUCAACUAAGAGACAUUGCCUAUGGUACUAAGCAAUACAAAUUCAGGCCAGAAAUAUUGCCAGAUGAUCCAGUGGAUGAAUUUGAUGAAACUUUACAUUUAGAAAGAGGAGAGAAUCUUUUUGAAGUUCAUAUUAGCAAAGUGAUGUUUUCUCCUGAAGCUGUGCAAGUUUUUGGUGCCGAGGAACCUGCAACUUUUUGUACUUAUGCAUUCUAUGACUUUGAACUUCAGACAACCCCAGUAGUGCGUGGGUUGAUUGCAUCCUUUGACUUCACUUCUCAGUAUCUUGUGCGAGUUGAUGACUGCUUCUUGCACUAUAUGCAACAGAACAGCCUCACAGUUGAGGUUCAUCACGCGUAUGGCACAGAUUAUGAAACAGCUGCUGCAUGUCAACUGAAACUGCAUGACAUCCUGGAAAACAACGGCAGGAUCUACAGCUCAGCGACUUUAGUUGGAAUCAAUGGAAACAUCCAAAAUUAUGGUACCAUAGAGUACUGGAUCAGGUUACGAGUUCCGAUGGAUCAAGCUAUUAGACUCUACAAAGAAAGGUCAAAAGCUCUGGGGUAUCUAACAUCCAAUUUCAGAGACCAAGAGCAAUCAUCGCAGCAGCAGAUACUCGGGACUGCCCAAGUCAGCACUUCAGCAGAUGGCAAUUUAAAUGAACUCCACAUUACAAUAAAAUGUUGUAACAGUCUACAGUCCAGGAAAAAACAUCUUCAGCCAAAUGCUUAUGUUGUCUACAAGUUCUUUGAUUUUGCAGACCACGAUACUCCCAUCAUUCCUAGCAGCAACAACCCACAAAUAAAUGACCAUAUGUGUUUUCAAGUACCAAUGGAUGUAGAUUUAGACCGAUACCUAAAAUCAGAACCCCUAACUUGUUACGUUUUUGAUGAUGCUGAAACUGAAGAAAGUGAUUAUUUGGGAAAAGCCAAUGUACCUCUAAUUUCUUUGGCACAUGACAGAUGUAUCUCUGGUACUUUUGAACUGAAAGAUUCUGCAAAAUGUGCUGCUGGUACUAUCCAAGUGGAGUUAAAGUGGAAGUUUGCCUAUUUACUGCCAAGUGGGUUGGCCAUGGCUGCAGACUUAGAAAAUUACAUUCAAAAUGAGAAAUCAAUGGCAACUAAAUUAGUAGAAGAGAAGGAAGUGCAGGCUCCAGCCCUGACUCCUUCUUUUACUACAUCAAUGACAAAACCAACACCUAAACCAAGGCAGCGUAUAGCUCAAGCAGACAAAAAAGUAUCUUUUCUGGAUGGUGGCUCAUUACACAGGACAAGCUCUGUUGCUGUUGAAAAUCACAAGGAACUUGCACAGAAGAUAAAGACUUCAACAGCUACAAGUGUUUCAGUGGUUAAACAAGAAACCCCGGCUGGUGAUAAGGUGAAGGAGACUGCUGAGGAAAUUCAACAGGAAAACGAAGACUUUUCGCAUCUGUCUGAGGGACAGCUGGCUGACGAAAACUCAGCCACCUCUGGAGAUGAAACAGAAAUAACUGAAGAAUUGGAGCCAGAAGAUCAAGAUGACAGAAGAACAAAUGAUGCCAUUGAAUCAAUAAUAACAGACAGUGAUGAUUGUAUUGUUUCGAGUCCAGUUUCCAGGACUAUUAAACAGGCAGGUGAAAAAAUCCGGAUUGAAAUUAUCUCGCUUUGCUUUACGGACUCACGGAUUGCAGUGGAUGACACGAUACAGCAGCUGUUCGUAGAAUGCAGAUUAUACAAUUUCCUUGCAGAGGAGACUCCGGUGUCACUCCCAAAACCAACACGUGGUCACUGGGUUCACUAUAAUUACAGUAAAGUGAUUUAUGUGGAUAAAGCAAAUAAUCAUGCAAGAAGAGAAUAUCUGAAGAUGAUACUUCAAAAACCAGAUCUAAAUGCUGACAGCCUACGGUUUACAGUGGUUAGCGAUCCUCCAGAAGAUGAACAGGAGCUUGAGUGUGAAGAUAUUGGUUUUGCUUAUGUCAGUUUGAGAGAGAUACUUCAGAAAGAAAGAGAUAUCAUUGAACAAGAUAUUGAUGUUUUCGAUUCCCAAGAUGAGAGGGCAGUAAUUGGGAAGCUCAGAGUAACUGUGGAGGCCCUUGACGCGCUGCGCUCGGUCCGCGAGGAGUGCGGAGACGCCGAGGAGGCAUGAAAGGGAAGUUGGCCUACAGGAGCCCCUUCUCCCAGUGUAAAUACAUGCUUGAUAGCUCUUCCAAGAUGAGAUCUUUGUGAUUCUUACAGUUUAUUUAAUGUAUAAUUAAUAUGGAAAGGACGCUUGAUUUGCAGUUGUAAAAUUUUGUAUACUUUUCAGUCUGUUUGUUUUUAUAUCUCCCCCCUAAGGCUAAGCAUCUCUCCACAAUGGACAACGUCUUGUAAAUAAUUAAUACCUACAUGAUUGAAUGAUGUGCUUUAUUUGCAU